GACAAAGAUCUGUACUUUUGGCAGUACACAGAAGUAAUGAGGAUGGGAGGAAAGCUGCUGCUUUGAAAGAGGAAGAAAAUGGGCUGGAGGAACUGGAGUACCCUCACUGAGCUGGGAGGGGUCUCAAAAUCGGUAUUGGUUUCUGAGCAGCUGCUGGUAUGUCAGAGGCUUGGAAUUGGCAUGGUAAAUCUAAAACUGUCUCAGCAGUGGUUAGCUGACCUCACCCAAGUUCCCAGCCCUACUCUGCCGGAUCCUUUUUUCUUGAGCCUCAGAGCUGAAAUGCUCCCGAGCUCUUUCCUAUUGGCUGGGAAGACCAGUUGAAGUUCCCUUGCCCAUGUUAGGAGGUAUACGCCUCCUGAACUAAAGAUAGAAACAGCUGGCCCUUCCAGGCAGCUAAAAGCCUCCAGACUAAGAGGUGUUCCCCACUCGGCAGCCAGACUCCUUGAAAUACCCUUUUGAGUAAUUCUACCAACAGAUCCAUGUCUCUACUCUGCCAUAACAAAGGCUGUGGGCAGCACUUUGACCCCAGUACCAACCUUCCUGAUUCCUGUUGCCAUCACCCUGGGGUUCCAAUCUUCCAUGAUGCACUUAAGGGUUGGUCCUGCUGCCGGAAGCGAACUGUAGAUUUCUCUGAGUUCUUAAACAUCAAGGGCUGUACUGUGGGACCACACUGUGCUGAGAAGCUCCCUGAGGCCCCUCAACCUGAGGGCCCUGCCACAAGCAAUUCACUUCAGGAGCAAAAACCUCUGAAUAUGAUUCCAAAGUCAGCAGAGACUUUGCGCCGCGAGAGGCCCAAGUCAGAGUUGCUACCAAAGCUGCUUCCACUAAAUAUAUCCCAAGCCCUGGAAGUGGCAUUGGAACAGAAGGAAUUAGACCAGAAACCUGGAGCAGGACUUGACAGUAGUCUGAUCCGGACUGGUUCCAGCUGCCAGAACCCAGGAUGUGAUGCUGUUUACCAAGGACCCGAGAGUGAUGCUACUCCAUGUACCUACCACCCAGGAGCACCUCGAUUCCAUGAGGGAAUGAAGUCUUGGAGCUGUUGUGGCAUCCAGACCCUGGAUUUUGGGGCAUUUUUGGCACAGCCAGGAUGCAGAGUUGGUAGACAUGACUGGGGGAAGCAGCUGCCAGCGUCUUGCCGUCAUGAUUGGCACCAGACAGAUUCCUUAGUAGUGGUGACUGUAUAUGGCCAGAUUCCACUUCCUGCGUUCAACUGGGUGAAGGCCAGUCAAACUGAGCUUCAUGUCCACAUUGUCUUUGAUGGUAACCGUGUGUUCCAAGCACAGAUGAAGCUCUGGGGGGUCAUAAACGUGGAGCAGAGCUCUGUCUCCUUGAUGCCAUCUCGGGUUGAAAUCUCCCUGGUCAAGGCUGACCCAGGAUCCUGGGCCCAGCUGGAGCACCCCGAUGCACUAGCUGAGAAGGCUAAGGCAGGGGUUGGGUUAGAGAUGGAUGAGGAAGAAUCUGAGGAUUCAGAUGAUGAUCUGAGCUGGACAGAGGAGGAGGAAGAGGAGGAAGCGAUGGGGGAAUAGUGACACCAGACAGUCAAGUAUCUAGACAGGACCUCAAUGACUCCCUUAGGAUCUCAGAGACCAGGAUUUGGUUGGCCAUGUGGCGUCAUUGAGCAGCAGGAGGCUGAAGGAGGGGAGAACAAAAGUGUCCAAACUAUGCUGUUUUUUCCCUUAAAUAAAUCUUGUAUUCUGCAGUUUCACAUAGUGUCGUUCUCUCACAUCACUAUCUAAAUUGUCUUCAUUUCCCCCCAACUUUUGUGUGUAUUCAACACACGUGUGAAAACAAGCACAUGCACAUUCAAUCUAUUCUUCACAACCACCAGGUAUUUACUGAGUACUUAUUCUGUGCCCAGUUAUGUAUUAGGUGGUCUAGCGAUACAUGAGAAACAGAAGACUUACUCAUUCCUCUCGGGAACAUUACAGUCUGGCUGACAAAGUCAAGGCUAAUCUACAUGAAAUGAUAAACAUUAUCAGGUAGUUUAACUGAGUGCUGAAUUGUGCAGUACAGUUUUUAAGUGCUGUAGGAGUUGAGAGAAUUGAGAGAUUAUUGUGGACUGUAGUAGAAAGGGAAGAUUCUAUGGAAGAAGUACUUUUUUUACAGCUGUAUUGAGAUGCAAUUCACAGACUAUACAAUUUACCCGCUUAAAGUGUAAAAUUCAGUGUUUUUCUUUUAGUAUACUCAGAGUUGUGCUACCACAAUCAAUUUUAGAAU